AUGGGUCGUUCGGGGAAUUCGGCUGCCUACUUCGAGCGCACGCCGGAGGUGGACGAAUUCCUCGGCGAAUUCGUCCGAGUGCGCACCCGCUACCUGCUGGAAACGGCGCGGGCGGCGAAGAUACUGCGCAGCAGGGCCGCCGAAGCUCCGUACCGCAGACUGUCGGAGCUUAAUCCAGUAGCCAGUCACGAGGAUGAUGUCCCAAACGACGAGAUGAUCGACGCCGCACGAGAAAUGGAGAAGGGCAAGUCGAUAAAUCUGGACGCGUUCAUCCGCCUGGUAGUCUCCCAUCACGAGCUGUGCGAUUCGUUCGACGACAACACGAAUGCCGCCAUACAACCCAGGCGCUUCGAGCUCUAUCAAAUAAUGAUGAACACGACUAUAAAGAAUCGCAAGGCCCUGAAGCUCGUUGAUGCCACGGAUUUGAAAUCGGCACUCCGAGAGGCCGAGGAGAGACGCUACCAGCGCUUGGUUGCAGACGUCAGCAAGAAGCUAAAAAGAGACGACAAGACUUCAAGGCCGUACAGGCCACCAAUCAUCGGGGGAAUAAAUGCGAUUGUGGGCGUUUUCCUCGUUUUCGUCGGCGCCUACUCCGUAGCGGGCGUUAUCGGCGUCAAGGACGUCGUGAAGAGAGCUGUUAUUGCAGCAUUCAUGGCGUCAGCGGCUCUGCUGGUUGACACCCUGCUGUUCGUUAUGAGAUGUGAACGGUGA